GGCUUGAAAUUGACAGUUGGUUCUGUCAGGAGGAAAAAACAGUAUCAAGAGCUUCUUUCUCAGAGGAUUUGUCAAAGGGAAAGCCUUAUGGGGAGAAGAAUAAUUUUCACAGGUCCAGAUGGUAUAAAAGAUUAUAAAGCAAAAUGUCCUGCUAAUACUACAUAUACUGGAGAAAAACGUCCAGUUUUAGGAGCAACCACUGACCUCAAUUAUUUAUGGAGACCUGCGCCAAAAAGGAGUUUUGCCCCAAUACAGAAGCACUUCUAUGUUCAUGAAAUUGGUUGGGGAAUACCAGAAUUGAGUUGCAUCAACCAAUCAAGACUUACUACAGGUGUGAACAUCAAGCGAGGAGAAUUUCGUAAACGUGUGGAGGAGAUUAUUUCUCACCGGUACCAAAAUCCAUGGUAUCCUAAACCUCAAAUUCUAGAUCUGCAAGGACCAGGAAGUCGAGCUACUCUUUCCUGGAAUAUUGGUGACCAUGAGAAUAUCAAUGAAAGAAAUUCUAAGUGGGCCACCGUCGUCAGGAAUCUGAAGAAUGCUCCUGUGAGAUUUCCUACCUGCCCAAAGCUCCCCAAAGUGACGGAGAAGAGUAGUAGUAGUAUAUGUGUUUCCAGACCCUCAUCAACUGAACUUCUAGAAAACAAAACAGGUACAUAGUCUAUGAAGAAAGACUUAGUGACAGCUCAUCAUCCUGAUACCAGGCCUCAUACUCAAGCUGACACAAGCUGCACAAGCGUCAGCCUAAAUAAAAGGAAGAUGCUUCCAUCCAAAGACUGGCAGGCUGAGCAAUUCUGAGUUUCAAUAAAAUAUUUUUUCUGAUGUUGAUAAAAAGUCCUUCAAUUAUGUUGUUCCUUGAAGCACUUCCACAAAAGAAGGAGCUCCAUUAUCUAGAGAGCCCAGCCGAGGAGGGAGGGGGCAGACAGAGCUCAAGGCCCAGAUAGCAAUCCAUACCAGUCCAACCGAGCCUGUGCUUAGGGCCUCAAAAGACUUAUAUUAUUAAGUGUGUAUUUCAAACCCGAUGUCCCAGAGACACCUCAUAUGCAACAAGUCCAAAUUAUUCCUCUGGAUCUUUCCUUCUUAAAUGUCCUCCUUUUUGUCGGAUAGCACCAUCCUUGGCACUGUCCUCAACUUUUCACUCCAAGUAACUCCCCUUUUACAUUGCUGCCACAGAUGUUCUGACCAAAUCACUUCCCUAUUUUCAUUUCAAUGCAUUCCUAUUGCCUCUAGGAUCACAUAAACUUAUUUGAGGGCAUCAAAGCAGCAUGGCAUUGUGGGUAAAGCUGGAAGAUGUCAAAUUGACAUAUGAUCCUCGGCAAGUCAUUUGUUUGCUUCAGUUUCAUAAUGACAGCACCGACUACACUGGGUUGUUGUAAAAAUCAAAUGAGAUAAUUAUAAAGCACUUGCGUAGUUCCUAGCACAUAGUAGGCAUAUGAAUUAUCUAUCAUAAUUAUUUCUGGCUUUUCAGAAACAUUUCACAAUCUAUCUGGUCUCAGGCUCCCUUUCAGCAGUUCACGCUGCUUCCUGUAUUCUUAUGCUCAGCUAAACUCUCCUUUCUGUUUUUCAUCUAGAAUGCCUCAUCAACAAUCUGCUUUUGUACUGGUUCAUUCCUCAUGCCUAGGAUAAAUUCUCUCCUUCCCUCCAUUUGCUAAAACCCUUAUUCUCUCCAAAUGCUUCUCAAACAUAACCUAUAUGGAGCCCAUUUCAGAUUUCUCCCAGCUGAGGCCCAGAGAGGUUCAGGAUUUACUUGAGGUCACUGAAACAGCUAGUGCUAGAAACAGGAUUGGAACCCUUUUCUGUUGCACCAUACAGCCUCCUUGUAAUUUCCAGAGGUAAGCUUUAAAACAUUCUAUAUGCCAAGUCAUUUAAAAAUAAAAACAGCUUAAUGGCUUCCCCGAGAAAUGGGCUCUUUACUCUUUUAUACCUGACUUUUCCAGAUGUGGCAGGCCCAUGAACACGACAGAUCUGGGGCACCCUAGGGACUAGACUGUUAAUGGCAAUCAUCUACUUGACUUUGUUUUAUCUUUCCCUCCUUUUAAUGACUAUCUUAAGAAAAAAAAGUUUCCAUAUGCCUAACAUGGCAUUUUCUGUACUGAAAAGUUACCAUUCCAAAAACCCUCUUCCUUAAAUCAGCUCCAGGCUGGACUUUAUGGUUCUUCAUAUGUUGAUUUAUUAUUUUAUUGAAAAGUAUUCUAAACACUGAGUCUUGCCGAAAGGCCACACUGUCCCAAACAUUUUUUUUACCCAUCCCAGCAGGG